AUGAAAACAUUCAGCGACACUGCAAUCUACUACUGCCUACAAGUAGAAAAACUUGACAUUACAUUUCUGAAAGGAAUAUUUCUGAGAGUCAAAGAGCCAGAACCUGAGAUCAUUGCCAUCACAGAAGACUUUGUAUCUGAUCCAGUCCGUCCAGAAGACUCAGCGACUCUCCGGUGUUCAGUCCUCUUCGACCUUAAGAGGAAAACGUGUCCAGUAGAUCACAGAGUGUACUGGUUCAGAGCCGGAGCAGAUGAAUCUCAUCCCAGUUUAAUUUAUGCUCAUGAAAACACUGUGAAUCAGUGUGAAAAGAAUCCUGAAGCUCAGUCGACACAGAAAUGUGUCUACAACUUCUCAAAGAUCGUCAGCUCCUCUGAUGCUGGGACUCAUUACUGCGCUGUGGCCACGUGUGGAGAGAUAUUAUUUGGAAAUGGAACAAAAGUGGACAUUGAAGUUGUCGACACGUGUGAUUCACAAAAGGACAAUACAAUUGUCCUUCUGUUGUUUGCUGCUUUGGCUGUAAGUCUGAUUGUUACAGCCUUCCUUGUUUGUGCCAUCACAAUGAAAUCUUGUGGUUGUUGCAACGCUGCCGUCAGUCUGCAAACAAAUGCUGCAGCAGCCAGUGGUAAUCAUCAAAGUCAGCAGAGAAAUGAGGACUCUCUGGUUUAUUCUACACCAAACAAGACCAUGAGAAAAGCUGGGCAAGCAGGGAGAAGGAAAGCAACAGCAAAGGAAGAGACGAUCUAUACUGAUGUCAGGACUUUUGUGAUAGAAUAACAGUUCAAACACUGGCUUUCAUAAUUGAUGGUACUAAAAAGAAAUUUAUGAUGCACAAUAUGCCAG